UUUUUCGAGUCAUCAACGGUAGAUGGCAGAAUACUUUGGAUUUGACCGCGAAAAACAUCCGCGUGGGGGCGAAGAAAUACAGCACGCCCAAUCACAGUAAACGCAGCUGUCCCACGUGACACGUUAUAAACAAUUCUGAAAACAAGCAAGAUUACAUUGACUGCUGUAAAAUAUGUCAGCAAACAGUUGUGUGACAGCUAUCCGGCUUGAUUCCCUCAAGCAAGCUGACAAACCACAGAUCCACCUGCUACCUUGUGAAAUAGAGCAUGACGGACCUGCUGAAGUCUUCAAGUUCUUUAAUCCCACUGUGAAGGAACACAAACACGAAACGACAGUGUCAUUCAGAGGUCGGGGGCUGAAGGGUCAGGAAUUGCAUUGCCCAAAUGGAUACACAGGCCUAGAGCUGAAAGAGGUCCAGAAGCCUGCAUCUGAUCAAGAGGACAGAGUAGUAAAAGUUUCUUCAGUGUUCCAUCAUUUCACAUACUGGAAUCUGGAGACGCCUCCCACAUCCGAUGAUGGAGUUGUGAUGGCGAUGGCAUGGCCUCAGCUAGCAGAGGCAAUGCAUGGACCAGUGGACGACUGAUAAUGGACAAUGUUUUAUUGUGGAGAUCUGCUUCUCAAGUAAAUAUUUACAGUUAAACAAAUGUGAAAAUGAUUCUUUGUUGGAAGACAGUAUAAGUAACUUACUGUGUUGUGGUAGUAACCACCAUUUUUUACCAAACAUAUGUUGAAGAAUAUCACAGUGCAACAUGACUAACUAUUAAAAGUCUUGUUUUAUUGUU